GCGUUGAUGCUGUUGCUGAUGCUGUUGCCCGGCGCCUGUAUCCGUGCAGCCAGACAGGGGUAACCGUAGUCACCGGUCCACCAUCAGCAGCAGAGAAGACAGGGACAGAGCGGGACUGAGACGGAUCUUCAGCAUCCCUGGAGAGUUACAUACGCAGCGAGAAGAUGACUCUGGCAGCCUACAAAGAGAAGGUCAAAGAGCUCCCCCUGGUGUCUCUGUUCUGUGCCUGCCUGAACCCACAGACUGCAGAAAAACCUACGUACAAGGCAGAAGAUGCGGUGGAUCUGGGCUGGUGCGUCAUCAAAGACGUGGAAGUGAUCGAGCUGAACAAGCGGGCAUCAGGCCAGGCCUUCGAGGUCAUUCUCAAGCCCCCGUCCUUUGACGGCGUGCCAGACCUCAACACCUCCAUGCCGCAGCGACGCGACCCGUCCCUGGAGGAGAUCCAGAAGAAGCUGGAGGCUGCUGAGGAGAGGCGGAAGUGUCAGGAGGCUGAGCUGCUGAAGCACCUGGCGGAGAAGAGGGAGCACGAGCGUGAGGUGAUCCAGAAGGCCUUCGAGGAGAACAACAACUUCAUCAAGCACGCCAAGGAAAAGCUUGAGCAGAAGAUGGAGGCCAACAAGGAGAACAGGGAGGCCCUGCUGGCCGCCAUGCUGGAGAGGCUGCAGGAGAAGGACAAACACGCGGAAGAAGUGAGGAAGAACAAGGAGAUGAAGGAGGAAGCCUGCCGGUAGAUGAGUGGAGUCGGGGAAGAAGAGAGAGAGAGAGGGAGAAAAAAAAAACAGUGCAGGAAAGAAAAGAAAAAAAAGAACUCAAAAGCAACUCGAACAAAGGCAAAAGAUGAGUUUUCAUAUUUGAUGUAUGCUGUAACGAUAAAUAAGCUGUACAAAGUUUAGCCAACUCUUGAUGUUGAAGUUCAAAAAGAAUUCUUGCUCUGUUUUUUCUAAAGGACAGUGGGAGGGUGUGGGGAGGGUGCCAACAAAACAAACUACAUUUUUAAAAGAGGGGCGACAUUGGUUGUGUGGUGACAAACGAAAGCUGCAUCGAGGCAGGAAGAGGUUAAAACAUUUUUUAAUCACAGCUCUCUCGUUCCUGCAGUCAGACAGCAGGAAAUGUGAACUGCUGUUUGGUUGUCUCAGAAAUCAUCACUGAGUCCACCAGUUUGGCAGCAGCACACCAGAUCAUACUGCUUCUUUCCAAUUAGAUUGUGUAACUCUGGAGCAGGGAGCUGUAAUCUGAAUUGUUACCUUGUAAAACAUGGGGGGAAAAAGAUGAUGUGCUUGUAAAAAAAACCCAAACUGGGCUCACAGACGUAGUUAAGGAGCCCUAGUUAUCCACAACCAAAACAAGCUAAAACUAAGCGUCCCGGUCUUCUUCAGUCUUUUUGAUUCACAGGAUUCAACACACACAAUCAGAACAUAACACACAAGCUUCUGCUAUUUCCAAAUUAGGAAUAAAAAACUGAUUUCCCAGGGUCCGCCGCUCUCAUUCUAAUUCUCAGCUGCGCCGUGUUUGAGAUUGUUUUGUCUAUCUGGGGACGUCUGCGUGUGCUAAACUUUGGUUUAUGAAUAUAAAUGAAGCUUCAGGCUUUUGUUUCCACAGUGCUCUUGGGGAGGAAAACAAACAGAAAAAAAAGAAAAGAAAAAGAAGAAAGAAAAGGCAGGACACUCUGCUGUAUUCUGCCACUUCAGGCUCUUUGUGAAACUUUAACUGUACUGUAGUCGUAGAUCAGUCACAUGCAUUUGAGUCUCUUAGAUUUAGAGCACUGAUUGCACUCUUAUUUCAUUAAGCACAACUCAAAAGCACAUAUGUAUACAUGAAGGACGGUGAAUAUAUACAGUAUAAACAACAAUAACAUCACAAGGAGGCAAAGUCGUGAGUGGCUAGUUCAGAUUUGGACAUAUUUGGUUUCAGUGGUUACGAUGAGUUUUGGGGGGUUUUAAGGCUAAGCAGCAGCCCCCCUUUGCUUUGGCAUGUGUCACUGUGCUCUGAUUGUCAGUUUAUGAUUUUCAAAAGAAUUUAGACCUAAAAGAGUAAACAGAAAGAUGAAAUUUGCUCGAGUUGUUGAGUCAUACUGACUUGAUUGAAAUGUCUAAAAUGUUUGCACUGUAGCGGGGGAGUCGUAACAUGGGGUUUGUACUUGCUGUAACUGUGUGUCGCUGUAUAUCUUCAAAGCUGGAUUGAUUGUAUCUAUUUGGCAUGGUCAGUAAAAACAGCUUGACUGAGCUCACA